AUGCCAAUUUACAGCAUGGCCUCUCACAAUCUUCAUGCUUAUGGGGACGGAGAGGAGAAGGAGAACAGUAAGGAAAGAAAGAUCGAGGAAGGAACAAUGAAGGAAUCCCCUAGAAGAGGCUUGGCACAAGCAUGGCUCUCAGGGUUUAAUCGUGAGAGAGUUAAGGCUUUUCAUGAUGAGAAGUUGGUUGAUGAGAGAAACAAUGUUCCAGAAGAAGACAAAAGAAAGCAAACCAGUGCCAUUCAUGAAAAGAGUAGUCUAGAGAGUGUACAAGUAGAAUAUGAUGAAUCCAAUUCACCUCCAAUGUCUUACUCAAAGAACGUUUCAUCAAAUAACACAACAAAACACAGAGUAAGGAUCGGAGGAGAUAUUACAUUAUCACCUAGGGAGAACAAUGAUUCGUUGGGUAUGAUCUCAAGAAUAUACAACAGCAAUACCUCUCCAACGAGCAACAACGAAGUCUAUAAGGAUGAGAAACCUCAAAAGAAGAUUUUCCUAGGCAGAUCUCUCUCAUCACCAACACAACACGACAAACCAAUGGCCCCUCCUUCUUCCUCUCCUUCCUUUAAUCAACCAUCCUCUCCAAGACAAACCAAAUCGACAUCAAGCUCAACAACGAACACAAUGACUGGAUCACCUCUCCGCUUCGAUUCUUACUUGUCCUCGAGCGUUAAACUAGUGAAACAAAUGAUGGAAAAGUAUUCUCUGAAUGAAAUUGCAACUCAACGAGUGGAUGACUCCUGCUUCAUUGCAAACCUUGUGAAAGGAGGAUCACCAGUCAUCGAGCAACAAUCUUCUCCACGACAUUCCUUUCAAAAUAGGGUGGGUUCUCCGAGAAUAGAAAGAGAAUUGAGUUCAUCUGUGAGCAGUCAUUACGGUAGAGCUGUUGAGAACGCAAAAGAAUCGCCAAAGUCGUCCAAACAAUCACCAAUAGCGUCAGACAAGAAAAGAUCUCAAUCUCUUCUCGAGAAACAUAAAUUGGAGCUAGACGAAUUUUUAAAUGACGUUUCAUCAUCUUCCUCCUCAGACGAUGAAAGCAAUCUUGAGGAGAACGAUUCUAAAUUGCCAGAUCCAGCGAAAAACCCUAGAGAAUAUUAUGAGUUCAUGUUAGCUCAAGCCUUGGCAAAGAAAAGUGAAAAGAAGGAACCAGGCUCCAAUGAGUAUGAGAAAAUGGCAGAUUUGACAUUUGAGGAGUCCAUGAGCACCCUCAAAAAGACGUUAGAUUCUGCUGAAAGAAUUAAGGAAGAGAGUUUGACGUCUCACACCCAAAGAAGAAGAGUGUAUGACUCCCUGAAACGAGGAUUAGGUGCAAGACCUUUUGAUGGUACAAGUCCAGAAGGUGACGUAAAGCCACCACCAAGCUCGCCUCGUACUCCAUUGCCACAACAACAUCAACCGUUACCAAAUCCUUCCUCACCAUCCCAAAAUUCAUAUCAGCCAGCGUUUAAAUUCGAAAAUGAGGCCAGCACGAUCGAUACAAAACCAAGAAAAAAGGAUUCAGCACUGGAGGUCUUUCAAAGGUUGUACACCAUUAAAAAGCCUCCAGAAGAUGAAUCAUCGACGAGUGAAACUCCGAGAUCUCCAAGAAGCUCCAAAAGGCCUUCAUCUCCAGCUAACGAUACUUUUGUCAACAGAAUGAAAUUGUGUGAGGAGGAAAGGCAGCAACGACUGGAAGAUCUUAGAUCCAAAUUCAAUAAUAACCUUAAAAAGGAUGUUAGUUUUUCUCCAAAAAUUAAUGACAACUCUAAAUCCAUGCAACGAUCAGUGGAAUCCUUAUUACUUUGGCAAAAAGAAAAAACGAGUAGGAAAGAACAAUUAAUCAAAAUCAAAAAAGAAAAAGAAGUGCCAAGUGAAUGCACGUUCAGUCCUGAGCUAAGUCCUCGAUCUCAAAAACUUGCUAAGAAGAAGAGUACCAUUCCAAUAGCUCUAAGAGAAUACUAA